AUGCCAACAAAACUCCCCCCUUCGACCCUGUUGGUCCCCAGGAGGUUCUUCUCAUCAACCACGCCAAAACAUAGCCAUGAGAACCCUCUUGGCCUCCCCCAAAAAGGCACCAUCCCCCGCUUCCAACGCGGCCUCCCAGCCAAACGCCCCAUCCCCUCCGUCGCCCACAUCAUCGCCAUCUCCUCCGCCAAAGGGGCUGUAGGCAAAUCCACCAUCGCAGCCAACCUCUCCCUCGCCUUCACCCGCCUAGGCCACCGCACCGGCCUCCUCGACACCGACCUCUUCGGCCCCUCCGUACCAACCCUCUUCUCCCUCAACUCCCCCCCGAACCUCACCCCCAAAAACCAGCUCAUCCCCCUGACCAACUACGGCGUCAAGACAAUGUCAAUAGGGUACCUCAUCGGCUCCGAAUCCGCCCCCAUCGUCUGGCGAGGACCCAUGCUUCUAAAGGCUAUACAACAACUCCUACACGACGUGGACUGGUCGCCUGGGUUGGAUGUUUUAGUUCUUGACCUGCCGCCUGGGACGGGUGAUGUUCAAUUGUCGAUCACGCAGCAGAUACCACUAUCGGGGGCGGUCAUCGUCACGACGCCGCACACGCUGGCUGUCAAGGACGCUGUGAAGGGGGUGGAGAUGUUUGAAAAGGUGGAUGUACCUGUUUUGGGGUUGGUGCAGAAUAUGAGUUUGUUUACUUGUCCCUGUUGCAGCACAAAGACACCUGUGUUUGGGGGGACGGAGGGGGUGAAGAAGAUGUGUGAGGAUUAUGGUAUGGAGUUUUUGGGGGAUGUACCGCUCCAUCCUAAUAUCGGGGAGGAUGCGAGCAGAGGGAAGCCGACGGUGGUGGCGGAGCCGGAGUCGGAGAGGGCGGGGGUGUUUAUGGAUGUUGCGAGAAGGUUGGGGGAGAAGAUUGGGUUGGGAGGGGGGGGGGGGACCAGGUGA